AGUUAGUGUGGUCACACUACGUUCGUUCAGUGAGAGCAACAGGAAAAGAGCACAAGAGUCCCGUCGGUAGCACCAAUAAAACGCCUUACACCAGAUAACAUGAGACCAGGGUUCAGUCCUCGUGGAGGAAGAGGAGGCUUUGGUGAUCGUGGAGGAAGAGGAGGCUUUGGUGAUCGUGGAGGAAGAGGAGGCUCCGGUGAUCGUGGAGGAAGGGGAGGCUUCGGUGACCGUGGAGGACGAGGAGGAUUCAGAGGAGGAAGAGGUGGAUUCAGGUCCCCAGAAGGUGGAGGAUUUCGUGGCCGUGGGGGCGGCAGAGGCGCCCCGAGAGGGAGGGGCGGCGGCAGAGGAGGCUUCGGAGCAGGGAGGAAGGUCACGGUUGAGCCGCACAGACACGAAGGAGUGUUCAUCUGCAGAGGGAAGGAGGAUGCACUGGUGACCAAGAACAUGGUGGUGGGAGACUCUGUGUACGGAGAGAAGAGGAUCAACGUUGAGGAAGGAGAUGUGAAGAUUGAGUACAGAGCCUGGAAUCCGUUCCGCUCCAAGCUGGCAGCAGCCAUCUUGGGAGGAGUAGACCAGAUCCACAUCAAGCCCGGGUCAAAGGUCAUGUACCUGGGAGCUGCGUCCGGCACCACGGUGUCCCACGUCUCUGACAUUGUUGGACCGGAGGGGCUGGUCUACGCUGUGGAGUUCUCCCAUCGAUCGGGUCGCGACCUUCUCAACGUGGCAAAGAAACGCACAAACAUCAUUCCAAUCAUCGAAGACGCCCGUCACCCACACAAAUACCGCAUGCUUGUUGGCAUGGUGGAUGUGAUUUUUGCUGAUGUUGCCCAGCCUGACCAGACGAGGAUUGUUGCUUUGAACGCUCACAACUUCCUGAAGAACGGAGGACACUUUGUUAUCUCCAUCAAGGCUAACUGCAUAGACUCGACGGCACCUCCAGAGGCCGUGUUUGCCUCAGAAGUGAAGAAGAUGAGCUCUGAGAACAUGAAACCACAGGAGCAGCUCACACUGGAGCCCUACGAGAGAGACCACGCCAUAGUGGUGGGCAUCUACAGACCUGCACCCAAACAGAAGAAGUGAGGCGUGCUGAAGAAGGCUCGGGGAUUUCCAACCACCAUCUUCUUUUUAUUCUUGUCCAUCUCUCUCCUCUCCUGCCUCUCCUACCACGAGACCAGCAAGCGGACUCAAACAUGUCUGGGUUUCCUUCUUUUGACUUUCACUGACCAAGCAUCAGCUGCUUGAGUCUUUCUAUAAACAAUGAGUUUGGGAGCACAUCGCAUAACAGUUGGUUGCCAGAUUGGAGUAUGUCAUGUCAGUAGUGCAAGUUUUCAUAAUAUGUUGAGCUUCACCACCCUUAUUUUCACACCUGUUAUGCACAAGUGAUGCGUAUAUAUCCAACUGAUAAGGAUGUUUCUGUAACUGCACACCAGGAAGACGAGUAGAAAUGAAUGACACUGUAAAUUAUCCAGUCUUGUGUGGUGAGUUGUAAGGGAAUUAUUUUUUUUAAUUCACCUGCUGCUUGCUUGUGAACAGUGUACUUUCUAAGAAGUAUUUCAAAUAACAGAAUAAACUGCUGCAAAGCUUUGUUGAAUGACUUUGAUGCUGUUAAGCAAGUUUAAAUCUCAGCUACAUGGUUUUAUUUUGGCUCCAGUGAGGUUUUUUGUUUGGUCAGUGCUUUUAUUUCGAUUUUUUUAUCUCUUAUUAAUGCUCUCUAUUCUUUUCUUAUAGAAUGUCUUUUUUUCUUUACUGAUUACCGCCUUUUUAUCUGGGCGCUUCUGAAUCCAGAUAGCUCAACCCCGGUUUGGUACGGAUAUCCCAACUAGCCACACACCAGAUGGCUGGUGUUGGUGUACAAUACGACAUCUGUCAGAACUUGUCUACGGGCUUAAUGUGUACUUAUUGCACAAUACCCACACUUAGUUAAGGACCCUUAAUGCUGAUCUGUUUAGCGGUAAGGUGUAAACGUGUGUACAGACAAAUAGAGAUGGUGCCUUUUCUCCACUCUGACAUGUAGUUUGAUAGCAGAAUCCUUUGUGUUCACAGAGUAUGAAGGAGAGCGGUUGUAAUUUGCAACAAUGUAUGCUUUGAACAGUUUAUAUAUUUGUUUUUUGACAUAUAAUGGCAACUUUGUUUUAAUAAAAUGUUUGAUUGCUA